AUGGCAACCGAAAAACCGACUAAAACACCAGUGGUGACUGGAUGGGAAAUCCGCCGACCCGAUGGUGGUCUGCUCAACCUCGGACUAUUGGCUGAAUCUGUACGCCGCUCUGGCGACCUGCUCCAUCUCAAUCGGCUUGCUCGGCUACCGUACUACUUGGUUGGUACUGAAGGACGAUGUCUUGUCAACCAUGGACGCCAAGUUUACUAUUCAGCCUACUUCCCUAUUCAGAUAGAGGCUAAGGAGCCAAGCAAGCAGGUGGAGGGUGAGUUCAAUAGUUGUGUCUUAGCAGAUUUAUCAAAAAUAUUUUAA